AUGGCUUCCUCUAUCUGGACUUUUAUCACUUUAACUCUCCUCGGAUGCUUUUCGAUCGCCUUGGGGCGUCCGGCCUACCAUCUUGAGCUGACCAGCUCGCAAAGACAAGGUCUGAACCGUACCGAUAAUCAGAGGAACAUCUUUUUUCAGAUAUUUUGUCUUCAAUGGAUAAAAUGGACAAGGCUUUGCAAAACCUGACCGACGAGCAAAUCGACUUCGGAAUGGAAGUUUGAUGAUCUUCUUUAUCUUUUUAUCAUAUUAUUUUGAUCUCUCAUUGCAAUCUAAAAUCUUUUUGUUACAUAAAGAAAUUUAGACGCGAUCUCUAGAGCUUUCUCUAUUUUUUCAACAAUUAAUAAAUUCACAGGUUGUUGGAAUUCUUUUCGAUUCGUCUCUGGAUAACAACGCCAAGUCAGAGAGAAUCAACAAAGUUCUCAAGCCAACAUUAGACACUCUUCCCGCUGAUUACAAGGUUCUAAGAAUGAGCUGAAUACAAAAAAAUCAAAAAUUGCAGCCGGCGGUCUAUUCGAAGAUCAACGACCUCCUCGACCUGCAAGAUUAUGCUCAAUCUCUGUUUGAUGCGGCUUCUCCGGCGGUUCUUUCCCAUCUUUCGUACCUUUGAAUAACGAUUUUUGAGGUGCACGAUUCACUCUACGGCAUUCAAACGCUGAUCUCCGACCGCAAGUUCUACCGCGGAAUGACAAGCGAAGAGCGAAUCGAAGCUGUGAGUAGCUUUUUGAGUCGAUCCUCGAAUUUUUGAUAUGGAAAUUAAUUAGACUAAUCGGAUCGAAAUUUCGCUAAAAACUGAAAGAUUUUUUUUAAAUGAAACCCAAUGAAGACAAAAUUCUCGGAACACAAGGAAACGUCAAUUUUCAUAUUUGUUAUAGUUCUCAAAAAUUAUGGAUAAUUUGACUGACGAUGAUGCUCUGGAGCUCUCGCAAAUUAUGGAUAAAAUCCGCGUAAGUAAUUUUUUUUUCUUGAAGUUUUGUAAAUUAAUAUUUUCAGGACAAAAUGGUAGAGUUGGGACUCUCAAAACAUAGAAGCAGCAAAACAUCGUCUGAUUGA